AUGUGCUGUGAUGCGAUGCUGAGGCGACCAUUCGCUCUUCCGUGCCCCAUGGAUCGAGCAAAUCCAUCGCUUCUCAUUCGUCGCAUAUCUAAUCGGACGAAGAAUGCCGGAGCCUGUACUGAAAAUGUGCCUGUUCCUGCGUUUAGGGCUCAUGCUGAUGCACCUUGUGUGGGGUGA